UAUUUGAAACCAUGUUUUUUAUAUAUGGGAGUAUUUCCAGAGGACAGAGAGAUUCAAGUCUCAAAAUUAACAUGGUUGUGGAUAGCCGAGGGUUUGAUUAACACGGACAUGGAGAAGCUUUCUGAGGAUAUAGCAAAAUUUUACUUGGAGAAUCUUAUUGGGAGAAAUCUAGUGAUGGUUGCUAAAAAGAGCUCUGAUGGAAGCAUCAAAACAUGUCGCAUUCAUGACCUGGUGCUUGAAUUUUGCAUGAAGAAAGCGAAGUUGGAGAACUUUUUAGAAACGAUAAGGGACAGAGGUUCACAUCCUUCUCAAUUUUUCCCUCCAAUGUGCAAUACUUCACGCCGCUUAUGCCUUUAUUCUCACAGUGAAAAUCUUCCAAAAUGGUGUUUGUUUUUCUCCCAUGUGAAAUCUUUCCAGUUCAGGGAGGCAAGAAAUAUUGCAUUCUCUUCAAUAGACUGUGUUUCAAACACUUUUAAAAGAUUCAAGUUUCUAAGGGUGUUAGACUUUGAAUUCACCAUUAUUGAUUCUAUCCCACAAGAAUUAACCCUUUUGAAGUAUCUUGCUUUUCGGACUGCAGAAGAUGCAUUAUCACUCCCGGACAAUCUUCGUAACCUUGAAACAUUGGUAGUUCAAGGACUUAGAGGACGAGUAUCACUAUCAGAUACCAUUUGGAAGAUGGUUAAGUUGCGGCAUCUUCACAUCUAUGAUCGAGCAUUCUUCACUUUGAACAGUGGAGAAAAAUUCUCAGAAUGCGACUCGACAAUGGUUAAUUUGCAAACUGUUUCCUCAGCAUGUUUUUCUUGUGUGGACAAUGCCGAUAAGAUCCUUGAGAAGGCACCAAAUCUUCGGAAACUGAGAUGUGAAGUUUCCAAAUUUGAUGGCUCGUUUCCUGCAUUUAGCACUCUUACAAAGCUUGAAAUGCUCAAGGUUUCUUCCGGUACUACAUUGACUUGGAUCAAUCAGUUGAAGUUACCAUCAAGCUUAAAGAAGUUGACACUGUCCAAUUUUCGCAUACAUCUUACUGAAGUUGCAACCCAUCCAAAACUUGAGGUACUCAAGCUACUAGGAGUUACCAUUAGUUCCAAUGUAUGGGAAGUGAAUGAUGAGCAGUUCCCUCAACUCAAAUUCUUGAAAUUAGAAAAUCCUUCUUUUUCAAAAUGGGAUGCCUCAGAUUAUGCCUUUCCAUUCCUUGAACACUUGGUAUUGAAAAAAUGCCGCUAUCUUAAGGAGUUCCCUCCUCGUUUUGAGGAUGCCUCGUCUCUGAAAUCAGUUGAGAUAAUAUCGUGCAAUGAAGAACUUGUCAAGUCAGCCGAGGCCGUCAGGGAAGAAUUAGAUGGAAUGUCGGGAAGCUCUGGUUUCAAGGUCAUCAUCCGCAAGCAGCAAAACAAUAGGAUUUGAAGGAGUUGUAUCAGCUGAUCGAUGCAGUUGGUGAAACCAAGAAGCUCUAAUAAGAUGUAUGAAGUACUAGUGAAUUACUGGUGGUAUCACCUAUGGUAUUCUGCAAUGAUUUUAAUGCUUUCUUUACUUUUUAUGGAUUGAGAUUGCUUGAAUGGUCAAUAGAUAUUAUAAAAGCAUGGUGUUUCCAUCUGUCAAUUUUUUAUUUAUGGUUCAUUAAUAAUUUUGUUACGAGGUUUAUUUCCUCUUUUUCGUGUUGUGGCUAGUUUU